CCGCCCUCCCUGCGCGAGACGGAAGGCGGAAGUCGGCUCCCAACAACGCCCGAGAGCCGGGUCGCGCCGAGUUCCGAUCCAGAGCGUCCGCCUUCGCCGGCCGGGCCGGGCCUGAGGAGCCGCCGCCAUGUCCAGCAUGGAGAAACACCUGUUUAACUUGAAGUUUGCUGCCAAAGAGCUCAGCAGGAAUGCAAAAAAAUGUGAUAAAGAAGAAAAGAUUGAAAAGACUAAAAUUAAGAAGGCAAUCCAGAAGGGUAAUACUGAAGUUGCAAGAAUACAUGCAGAAAACGCAAUCCGACAGAAGAAUCAAGCAAUCAAUUUCUUGCGCAUGAGUGCCAGAGUAGAUGCAGUAGCAGCAAGAGUUCAAACUGCAGUAACAAUGGGCAAGGUAACAAAAUCAAUGGCAGGAGUAGUUAAAUCUAUGGAUGCUACAUUGAAGAGCAUGAACCUGGAAAAGAUAUCUGCCUUAAUGGACAAAUUUGAGCACCAGUUUGAAACACUAGAUGUUCAGACAGCACAGAUGGAAGACACAAUGAGUAAUACUACUACAUUAACAACACCACAAAACCAAGUGGAUACGCUUCUACAGGAAAUGGCAGAUGAAGCAGGCCUUGAUCUGAACAUGGAACUACCCCAGGGGCAAACAGGUUCUGUUGGCACAAGUGUUGCUUCAGCAGAGCAGGAUGAGCUGUCACAGAGACUGGCCCGCCUACGUGAUCAAGUUUAACUUAAGUAAUCAAAACUGCGGAUCUCUGUAUAUGCUUCCAAAGCAUUCACGCUGUAUACAUCUUAUGCUGUAUGCAGUAUGCCCUGGAUGUCUAAAUAUUUGUACUAUAUGAUACUUCACUUUUGGCUUGCUGUCCUUUCUAAAUACAUUAAGAAAUUCAAAGGUAUCACAGCCCUUUAAUGGUUUUCUAGGUCUGUACAGUACAUUUUGAAGUUGGGGAUAUAUUUUUGCAAUUAUCUUUUCACAGAACCAAGCUAAAAUUCUAAGUCAACUAAUAAUGUUGGCUCAUUCUAGUUGAAGGAAAAGCUGAACACUAUUAACAUGAUAUAUAAUAUUUAAAAUUAUAAAGUGGGUUUUUAAAAUUAUGAAAAACAUGUACAGUUGGGGAACUGAUGCAUGCAAUUCUGAUGAUGGUUGCGGUUAACUUGCUUACACAGCAAAAUUCAUGGAAUACACAGAUGGACGUGUUUUUGUUAAUAAUCAUAUUAAAACAUAUAGUUGAACUUGAAUCUGUUUUUAUGGUCUUUUAAAACUACAUUACUUGCAGAACAACUUAAUGGGCCAGUUAAAAAUUAGCUACCAAAAGCUGUUUUCACCGAACUGGGAACUUGUAUAGUACCACUUCAGUACAGGAGGAAUAAAAUUUGUUUUUCAACA